GUGAUGUGUUUUUGAAAUGUUAUGAACAGCAGCUAAUGAUUCUCUUUGUUCUGUGCUUCAUCUCUGGUCUGAAGAGCCUCAAUUGUGUGCUUAAUAGUUCUUUAAUACAUGAAUGCCAGCUGUAAUUAAAACUUCUCUGUGUUUAAUUACAUUUUAUUUAUUUAUUUAUUUGUAUUUUUUGAGCAUAUGGAUUUAGGAUAUUUUUAGUAUUUCGUGUAAAAAAAAAAAAUCUAAUGCAAAUGCGAUGUCCUGCAAUUCCCAAAAGCAUCGGAAGCCAUGUUAAUUGUAGCUCCAUUGGUUUCAGUGGGUCUUCGAUGUAUACUUAGGUUAGGGUUAGGUUAGGGUUAUGAUACAAAAGCUUAUGAUGCUUUUGGGAAACGCAGCCCUAAACUUUCAGUCCAGCCUUCCUUAAGAUUUGUUUCAUUAUUCAGUUUCCCAAAGAGUAAAUAAACCUGAAAGUACAUGAAUGUUUGCAUUCAUAUUUGCCUAAACACAGCUAUUAAAUGUAAUAUUUCGGCUACAAAUGAAACAGAAUCUUUGAAAAUCAACAGUUUUCUAGGUUUUAGCCUAAAAUGUGACAAUAUGUCUUUGUUCGGUUAUCUAGUUUUUUGUGCCGACUUGGUGGCUGCUUCUGGGUUUUGUUCACCUCAGCUGACUUUAAGGAAAGUGAAACCAUAGAAAUUUGGAGAUAAGUCAAAUGAAUACAUUCGGAUUUCCAUAUCUAUUAAAAAGCUACUCUUUCAAAUAUAUCACUUCUUUCGACAUCUGAAAGAUCCUGAACACAUAUUUUAAGGUCGUCAGAAAAUGUAUUGGAAAGGAAAUGCGGUCAGAAACAACUGUGAACAGGAAGUGUGCUUACUUUGCUCAACACAUCUCAGACAUUUUGACAUUUACGAUGGUUGUCAGCUCACCUAUAGGCAGCUCAUAGAAAGGAACUUAUCUUGGCAUUGUGCAAUAUCCUGCACAAAGUAGCAGGUUUCUCAGAAAACCUCAGCCGUGGCUACUGCCAUGAUCAGGCAUAUUCUUAUAUUUAAUAUCAUCUUUUAAUUUACUAUCAGCUGCCAAUAGAUAUUUAAGAUUUAUUUAUACAAAGGCCAAGUAGAGCUAACUCCUCUUGCGGAUCUUUCUUUUCCUUUUCUGAGUUUUUUGUCACCCUUUGGCCCCACCCGGUUAAAUGAUUAAGAGAAGUAACAAAGAAACUCAGGUAAUGUAGGGGAAAACAGCCAACUCAUUUGCCAUUGGUUCCUUCAGAUAAGAAGUCAAACACACAGUAAUGGCGAUCGAGUGCAUACGGAAGAGGUGCUGCUUGACUCAAGGGAAGGUUUUUAUGUGUCAUAUCAAACCAGGCUUUGUUGCGCUGGUCACAGUGACAUUACUUUUGUCUAUUAUUGCUUAUACUUACAAUUUCUCUCUCAGACCAGUCACUUUCCCUCUCUCCUGGUUUAACUAUGCAAACCAAACUAAAUUCUAUAAUGUGGUGUCUGAGGGCUUGUCUGGCAAAAGAAAUGUCUGGAAUUUUUUUACUAAAAAAAGGAAUGAAACGUCUAACACAGAGACAAAACCCACUGCGUCCAUUAAAACAGAAGACAAUUCAAUCGACAAAUAUGUAGCACAUCCACGCAACUAUCAUUUCAUCCUGGAUGAACCUGAUAAAUGUAAGCAGGAUCCGUUCCUGGUCUUGAUGGUCCCUGUGGCCCCCCAUGAGGUCAAUGCUCGUAACGCCAUCCGCAGCACAUGGGGGACUGAGAGCUCAGUGCAGGGAAAAGCAGUGCUGACUCUGUUCUUGGUGGGUUUGACUGGAGGAGCUGAAGCUCAACAGCAGCUGGAGGAAGAGAGUCGACAACACAGAGAUUUAGUGCAGAGCAACUUUGUGGACUCCUACUUCAAUCUGACCAUAAAGACCAUGGUGAUCAUGGACUGGCUGGCCACUCGUUGCUCUCAAGCAACUUAUGCUAUGAAGGUUGAUUCUGAUAUGUACAUAAACAUGGAGAACCUGAUGACCCUGCUGUUGUCACCCAACACGCCCAGACAGAACUACAUCACAGGGUAUUUGAUGUGGAACCAGCCUGUUAUCAGAGACAAAAACUCGAAAUGGUAUGUUCCAGAGGAGCUGUACCCCGAAUCGAGAUACCCCACGUAUGUGCUUGGAAUGGGAUAUGUUUUCUCCAAUGAUCUUCCUCCUAAAAUAGUGGAGGCUUCAGAAGCCAUAAAGGCCUUUAACAUAGAAGACGCGUAUGUGGGCGCUUGUCUGAAACGGUUGGUCAUAAAUCCCUCUGGUGCUCCAGAUCCUUCUCAGUUUCGGACCUAUGUGAAUGAUCCUAAAAGUACGGACCUUUCCAAACUCAUUACAGCAAUCGCAGGUUCACCGGAGAAGGUAAUAGAGUUCUGGCAAAAUGUGAAGGGACACAAAUGAACAGAUAAACCAGCACACUAGGAAAAGGAUUGAGCAAAAUGAAGACACGAUACGUCUUUAAUAAAUGAAUGGCUACGAUGCACUCGAAAGGUUGUGGUAUCACGAAAAGAUUCAAUAUCAAAUCGAUUGCUGUGGAAUACAAGAGAGGGAUAGUAUUUUGUUUGUAUGAAAUAUAAUGAACAUUAUAAUACAUUAUAAUGGGACAAGGACAUAUGAAAGUGUCUGCAAAGACACAUGCACUUAUAACUGUGAACACAUGUAUUGUAUGUUUUAAAUAUAUUUAAAUAAAAUAAAAAUAAACAGAUUUAUUGUAAAUUAUUACGAUUAUUUGUACAUGACACAGUCAUGUAAGUUUUUUCUGCAUCACUUAAAAUGAAAAUACAUGGCAAUUGUAAUGUAUGCAUUAUUUUAUUGGUAUGUAUUGGUAGCCUAAUGUAACAUACAGUAUUGUUCAAAAUAAUAGC